AGUAUGUUAACCUUUUUUGUUUGAAGAGAUUUACAAUAGAAUCUUCUAUGUAAUUAUUUUAGCUUUAGAUAUGGCCUUUGUGGGCUAUUAUCUAUGUGUACUAUUCCGUUUAUGUGUAUUUGUCCAUUUUUCGAUUUUGUAUAAUAUUUCCCACUUUAAACGCGAGUUUCGUAUGUAAAAUUUUACCAUACUUCAAUUGAUUGUUAAAUGUAUUUUAAAUCUGAACUUUUUAAUCCAGUUUAUUUUAUACACAUUUAAAUGAGGAGGGAUAUACUUCAUUAUGUUGCCUUCCAUUUCAAUUUUUCACGUUAUUUUCCUCCUUGUUUCCCUAAAACUCAUCAAAUGCUUUAAAAUAAACACUCAAUUAGUAAACUUUCACCAAAAUAACCAAUUAGUUGAUUUUAAUUACAAGUUUAAACCUAAUGUGUAUCAUGAUUCUCGGUUGGGUUCUUUCGUUCUCAACCCUGAUGAAUUUAAGGCUAUCCCGAAUUAUUUGCGAUAUGAAACUCUAACAAAUUUUAUAUCUGACAGGGCCGAAUUUGUUCAGAAUUUGAAGAAAAGUUUAUCUCGGUAUAAGAGUGUGACUCUCAAGACAGUGAACAAGUUUAAGCGAAACUCACUUUCCAACUUCCGCAAGUGUUAUUCUGAUCUUUGGGAGGAGAUAAAGUUUUGGUACUUGAAGGGCAGUAACUUCAGCUUCUACGAUCUCUUUACUCUUGGCGACAAUCCUGUUUACCUUCUUGUGAAGUUGAACCUUGCACUAUUUAUCGUCGAUUUAUUUUUCAAGGGUGAACUUUCCAAGAAUUUUUCCGUCAAGGGUCUGAAUCUUUUUUAUAUGAAUGAGCACUAUCGCAUCAUUACUUCUUUAUUUUUUCACUGGGAUCUUCGGCACCUUCUGUCAAAUGUGGGUAGUUUACUAUCUGUGGGUAACAACGUUCUUAAGCUCUUCGGGCCUAGAAAUCUACUCGUCAUUUACUUUCUUUCCGGCAUUACUGCUAAUUAUUUCAGUUAUUUGUACAAUUACAUUUACAAAAAUGGAAUCCCUGCCAACCUUUUACUUCUUCUGAGAUCAAUUGGUAAGAAUUUCACCAACGCCACCAAGCCUAUAGUCUUGGCUACAAACACCAUUGUUGACGAUAUUUUACACAAGACAAAGAGAAUUGGUUUUCCUCUUUUCUUUUUCGAUUAUAUCUUCACUUCUGUUACUAUGUCUGCUGAUUAUUGUCUCGCAAAGCUUGCUCAGGUUCUCACUGGCAUCACUCCCAGAUCUCUAAACGACGUUGAUAUGAAAGUUAAGGAGAUUUGUAUGACUAAAUCUAAGAACGACUUCAAGUCUUGUGGCGCUUCUAGUAGCAUCUUCGGCCUCUACGGUGCUCUCCUUACCUACUACAUCAAGUCUGGCUAUAUUAACAACUAUUCUGUCAUUAACAACUUAUUUGUUUCCUUCGUUGUUCCUUACGUUCUUAGGUCAUUCACUGAUAAGCUUGAUCACAUUUCUCACCUUGUCGGCUUCAUUACUGGCUCCGUUCUCUCCACAGUUUUAGAGUAAUUUGUUUUUAUUA